UACUAAUCUUCCACAACUCACUUAUACCUUCAAAGAGACAGCACAUUUGAUCUACAAGAUGUCUAACGGGCAACUUGAUUUUCAGGGGAUGUGGGAGGAUGAAAUGAAACGCUUUCAGGAGCUUACAGGUAAAGAAACUCCUAGCAAGCAUUCCUAAGUCUCUAGACAGCCUCCAAGAGGAGUUCGAUGAAUUAUUCAAAAAAUGAUGAGCAAGAAACAUAUAGAACUUCUCAAGUGAAGAAAAUAGGCAUGGAUAUAAUAUUAUGCGUGAAGUUGUUAGGAGGAGUUGCUGCGCUAGGGGCCUCGAUUGUAUUCCCACCCGCAGAGCUCUGUUUCAAAGCCAUCUCUCUCUUGCUAGAUAUCCCGAAAGAAAUUAGUGACAUGCACGGAGAAAUCAAGGACGUACUUGCACAGAUAGGCCCGACCCUCUUGCGAUUCAGGAUCUAUGCGAGAAUCGAAAAAUUCGACAUGAUUGAUGAAGGCUUACUCCAAUCUGUUCAUGAAGUUAUGAUUUGCUUUGUAGACAUUUGCGCUCUGUGCAUAAAUGUUCAAUAUGGCGGCAGAUGGAAGAAACUGAAAGAAAAGACGAAACGAGUCCUUUUCGACAAUAAAGAGGUUGCCGAUGGUCUCAAGCGCUUUGAAGGCCUCGUACAGCGGCAGCAAAAUACACAGAAUACCGUCGCGCUUGAAUUCAAGACUGAAGGGGGACAUUAACAAGUAGGAGACUCAGUUGAAAGGUCGACAGGUAGAUGAAAUAAAUGAACUCAUCGCGUGGGCUAUCUUCGGGAAACGGGUUCUCACGAUUGAGGAGUUAGAAGCUGCGUUGGUGAGUUCCCAAGCUCUUCAUAUAGUAGAGAGCUGAGAGCUGGAAAGACCUUCUAUAGGUCUAGCCAUCU